AUGAGUGCUCCUCGUAUCUCUCACCUUCUUGCCGCCAAAUGGAUACUUCGGUACAUCAAGGGCACUAUUGAUCUCAGCCUCACCUUCACUCCCCAAACUGUCGUAGCUCGUCUCUCCGCCUACUCCAAAACUAACUGGGCUGGGUGCCCUGAUUCUCAUGGGUCAACCACUGGCUAUGUGAUUACUCUUGGAACCAACCUCAUCUCCUAG